AUGUAUGGCUUGCCCCAGGGUGGACAAAGACGCCCCAGUGGGGCUGGGUUACCUGAUCAUAAUAACCAGUCAGCAGAAAGUCAAAGGCAACAGCAACAGCGAAACGAACCAUAUGCGACUCCACAGCUGUCCCCCCUCGAAAAUCACGGCAGCGGGCUGCCACGGAUCGAUCCGUUCUUUAGCGCACCGUACCAAGGUCCUGCGUCGUCGUCUGGGCAAGGGACACCGUACCAAGGCACAUCAGCUCAAGGGACACCGUACAACCACGGAACUCACCUGUUUCCGUAUGGUGAAUCACCCUUGCUCGCACCCCAUCCCAAUCCAAGAGGUCUAACAGCUCCUUGGAACAACAUUAAUGCCGGAAGUCCAUAUGGCAUGAACCAAGGCUCACCGCAUGAACAAUCCGCGAAUACAAACAGCAUGAUGGCGCAGAUCAUAUCCCAGAUGCAACACCUGACGGAAAAUUCAAAUCAGCAAACCGAUCAAAACACGAUGGUCAACGAUUGCCUUAAAAAAGUUCUCGAGCGUCUUGAUGUAGUUGAGAAGAAGAUGGCGGAGAUGGUUGAAAAUGAGCCGAUGAACAAAGGGAAAUCUACGGACACGAUGGGAAAGAAUAUCUCCAACAUGCAUCCCGUCUUAAAGACAAUCAUUCACCCAAUUUUCUUCCAGUUGUGCGGUGUGGAAGCGUCGCUCAACAAAGCAAUGCGAGUCGAAGAGCUGUUAACGAUUGAGCCCUUGGAGAACGGAGAACCGUGUGAGCAAAAGGAGGGCGGCCCCAGAGUAUGGUACCCGAAUUGGUUAGGCAAGAUUGAUUCGAAUGUCAAUGCGCCAUUCAUCCAAGCUGUCGUGGAUCGUGUUUGGAACGAUGAAAUGACAAUUCGUGCUAAUUCGUCUGGCCAAGGCGAGAUACCAGACCAAGCUUUUACCAGGCCCAUUAUCACCAAGUGCGUGAAAGGGUACUGGAGGAAUAUUCAUAAGCAGUGUGAUGAACGGAGUAGUGCGCAUAAACUUGAGAAGGCGAAAGAACGCAAGGAUCAUGGACGUCACCGCUCUCGUCGUCAAAAUGUAACUAAAUCCAGGCGAAAAGCUGCCAUGCAAUUCGAGGAAGAGACUGGCAAUCUCGGGGCCGUCGCCACGAUCGAUACUGAUUUCGCCUCUGACAUCCUCUCAUGCGGUGAAUCUGACUUGUCAGAUGAUUCCAAGACGCGCCAACAGGAGGCCGGGGUGGGAAAGAAUGCCAACAGGGUCGUCGGGUUUCAAUGGCGAAGUGUCGAUUAUGUUACGUUCCUUCGAUUUCUCACUCUGAAAAGUAUGAAGGAAUCGAACUCAGAGAGUGCGAAGGACGUAGCUGUGGACCCACCUACUGUUCAAGGUGAUGCAGUGGCUGAACCCACUAUGGAACGUCCAUCCAAGCGCCGAAAAACGGUUAAACGUGCUCUAACACGCCCUAAAAAGAUCCACAAGAAAGUUUGGGAUGUUGCGCCGGACAAGUUGAGUGACCGCAAGCCAUCUUCAGGUAAGAAAUCAGCACCGUUCGCGAACAUGGUCAGCGACAAGUGGAAAGAAGAGCACCCUGAUAUGAAGGUCCUGGAGGGAGUGCCAUGGUUGAAAGGGUUUUAUGAGCAGAUGAAAGAAUCAGAUGACAUUAUCAAGGAGGAUCGUACCUAUUUGCAGGAACUCGAUGAGUGGCACCUGUAG